GCACCCACUCUACGCUCCCUUCAUUUUUACCCUCCGAGCAACAACUCACUACUUUUCUUCUCUCUUUCAAGAAACUUCCGCGCAGUGCCGUAACGUAACGUGUCGUGUUUCGCCGCACUCUAAUCCAAUGGUUCCCGUAUAUGUCGCCGGCGGGGACAAUAUCCCGGCACCGGAAACGUCGAUCUGAAUGAAGACAGCGAACAUGGAAAAUCAGAAGAGUGGGAGCAAGCUUACCAGAACCCACUCCUCGCUCCUCAGUUGUUCUUCCCCUGCAAUCCGAUCCUCCAUCCACAGCCUCUCUUCCAUCGUCACCAAAGAGGAACACGAAUUGCAGGAACAGGAAAAGCUACUCCUCGAUGUUGACGACGACAAGAACAACAAGCCCAAGAAACCCCAACCCCGAACGCGUCCUCGAGCCCAAGCCCACAGGUCAUCAGCCUAUUCCGCCCUGGCGGUCUUUUUCCUCGGCGCCUGUUCGCUCUUGUUCUACUUCUUCUACCUCGAGGUGUCCUCCUCGGAGAACGUUUUACUCGCGCUGAUUUUCGUGGCCGUGGCGCUCUACUUUGUGUCCAAGAACAAGGGUCUGAUUCAGAGAUCCUUUUCCGCGGCCAAGCAUUCGUGGGAGGAGAAUGUCAAGCGGUUGGGGUUUUCGAAGGCCGUGGCGGCGAGGCCGGUGCAGUGGUUCAUCGGAGAGCCGGCCGGGGCGGGAAGGAAGGCCGCGAAGAUAGUAAGGGAAGGGGUGGAGUUUUACAGCAAUGGGGAUUUUUACGAGGGCGAGUUUCACAAGGGGAGGAGCAACGGGAGUGGGGUGUACCAUUACUUCGUGAAUGGAAGGUACGAAGGAGAUUGGGUGGACGGAAGGUACGAUGGGUACGGAAUUGAGAGCUGGGCGAGGGGGAGUCGCUAUAGGGGUCAGUAUAGACAGGGGUUGAGACACGGUUAUGGUGUUUAUAGGUUCUACACGGGGGACUCUUAUUCCGGGGAAUGGUGUAACGGUCAGAGCCAUGGCGUUGGGCUUCAGACUUGCUCCGAUGCUAGCUGUUACAUUGGUCAGUUUAAGUAUGGGGUCAAGCACGGUCUUGGCUGUUAUCAUUUUAGAAAUGGUGAUAGGUAUGCUGGAGAGUAUUUUGGAGACAAGAUACAUGGAUUUGGAGUCUACCACUUCGCCAACGGCCACUGUUAUGAGGGAGCAUGGCACGAGGGUCGUAGGCAAGGUAUUGGCUCAUACACUUUUCGAAACGGUGACAGAAGAUGUGGUGAAUGGGAUGCUGGCAACCUCAAGCAACCUUUACCACCAUUAUCCGAUGUUGUUCUUCGAGCAGUUCAGGCUGCUAGGAAAACAGCAGAGAGUGCUAUAAACCUUAAACGAGUGGAUGACCAGGUUAACAAAGCAGUAAUUGCUGCAAGCAAGGCUGCCACAGCUGCUAGAGUUGCUGCUGUGAAAGCUGUUCAGAACAGGAUGGAUGGAAAAUUUUGUGUUACUGAUGUCUGAGAAUUAGUUAGAUGCUAGCUUUUUUCUGGAAUUGUAAUUGUAAAUUUUACUAAUUUUUAGUCCUUGGAAGAUGUCACCCCGGUGAGCCAAAGCUUAUUGGAGGUUGAAGAGAGAGUAUGUUUAUUUCACCACACUGUAACUUGUAUAUAGGUCAUGUAUAUCAAUGAAAGAUGAAUUUGCUCAA